UUAAGUCCUCCUGUCUCAACACUAGCCAGACUCGAGUUUCACCCCAGCCUGCCUGUGUCUGUCCCCUGCAAAGCCAUGUGGCUGUACCUGGCGGUCCUCGUGGGCCUGUACUACCUCCUGCGCUGGUACCGGGAGAGGCAGGUGGUGAGCCACCUCCAGGACAAGUUCGUCUUCAUCACGGGCUGUGACUCGGGCUUCGGGAACCUGCUGGCCAGGCAGCUGGACCUGCGAGGCUUGAGGGUGCUGGCUACGUGUCUGACGGAGCAGGGGGCCGAGCAGCUGAAGGGCCAGACAUCAGACAGGUUGGAGACAGUGAUCCUGGACGUCACCAAGACUGAGAGCAUCGCUGCGGCCACCGAGUGGGUGAAGGAGCGUGUCAGGGACAGAGGACUCUGGGGCCUGGUGAAUAAUGCCGGCAUUUGCACUCCCAUGGCACCCAAUGAGUGGCUGACCAAACAGGACUUCGUAAAGAUGCUCGACGUGAACCUGUUGGGGAUGAUUGAGGUGACCCUGAGUCUGCUGCCCCUAGUGAGGAAGGCGAGGGGCCGUGUGGUCAAUGUCUCCAGCGUCAUGGGCCGCGUGUCCCUCUUUGGUGGAGGCUACUGCAUGUCCAAAUACGGCGUGGAGGCUUUCUCAGACUCCCUCAGGAGGGAGCUCUCCUACUUCGGAGUGAAGGUGGCGAUGAUUGAGCCUGGUUACUUCAUGACCAAUAUGACCAGCCCUGAGGUGUUUAAUGGAAGCCUCCAGGCAUCAUGGGAUCAGGCCAGCACAGAGAUCAAGGAACUCUAUGGAGAGAAGUUCAUGGCUGACUUCAUGAAGACAUCGAAUUUAUUGAAGCCAUCAUGGUCCGGGAAUCUGUCCUUGAUGACCAACUGCAUGGAGCAUGCCCUGACCUCCUGCCACCCCCGCACCCGGUACUCCGCUGGCUGGGACGCCAAGUUCUUCUACCUCCCCGUGAGCUACAUGCCCACCUUCCUGGUGGAUCUCAUGAUGUACUGGGGCGCCCCACGGCCUGCUAAGGCCCUGUGA